AUGGAUCAGAGGAUAGCCAUUUUUGCUGUUUCGGUAAUAUUUAGCUUUUUGGUCUGCGGGGAGGCGAACCUUGCUAAAAUGACGAAUGCAGUGUGCAAGUCCUAUAACGAAUCGUGGGUGGUUAUCCAUUACUGCCGCCUGAAGGCCUAUUCCCGAACCAAGACCAGCUUGAACAUAAAUGCCACGUUCAUAGAGCCAGCCAAGAAAAUACACGUCCACGCAAAGAUGAUGAAGAGGGCCAAUGGGUAUAAGCCCUUUUUGUUUGAUUACACACUCGACGCCUGCCUUUUUAUGCGAAGGCGAAACCAGCCGUUCGCCAAAAUCAUUUGGAACUUUAUCAGGAACGUAUCCACGGUCAACCACACCUGUCCGUACGAGGGCUUACAGAUGGUAAGCGACUUCCAUCGCAUUGAAGUUCCUGUUCCACUUCCAUCUGGAGAGUACCUACUCUUACUGGAUUGGUUAUUCGAUUUGAAGCCCCAGUUUGCCACGAAUGUUUAUUUCACCUAUGUGGAGGAUAUUGCUUGAGUUGCUCGAAGGAUACUCCACUUCUGGUUUAAUAUAAUCUUCAUAAACAAGGUAU